GUUACACUGAACCUUAGACACACACGCAGAUGAAUGCAUACUUGUAAAUAGUUACACGUGCACGUGCGUGCAUGCAUAUACAAGCGCACGCGCACAGACAUACAUACAGAUAGAAUUCCACCAGGCAGCCGAAGCGACGGGCUUCUGUUCGUUUCAGUCGGGCAACGAGCGAUUUCACCACUCCUCUCUAAACGCAACACACACGCUCCACUCUGCCACUAGAUAAACAUUGUAUAAGGACGAUGAGGGGUGUCGGUCGGUCUAAAAGCACACAGAAUUUGGACAGCGCGGUAUGCAUGACCAACUGCCCCACUCUGAUUGUCACCGUGGGUCUCCCCGCACGAGGAAAGACGUACAUCUCUAAGAAACUAACCCGCUACCUCAACUGGAUUGGUGUACCCACAAAAGAAUUUAACGUUGGACAGUACAGGCGCGAAUGUGUGAAGAUCUACAAGUCAUUCGAGUUCUUCCGACCAGACAAUGAGGAGGGGCUUAAGAUUAGGAAACAGUGUGCGUCUGCAGCUCUCAAUGAUGUGCGUCAGUAUCUCACGGAGGAGGGGGGCCAAGUUGCGGUGUUUGAUGCCACAAACACGACGAGAGAGCGGAGGGAGACCAUCAUGCGGUUUGCUGAUCAGAAUGGCUUUAAGGUUUUCUUUGUGGAGUCCGUUUGUGAGGACCCCGACGUCAUUGCAGAAAACAUCGUUCAAGUGAAGUUGGGUAGCCCAGACUACAGGCACUGCAACACUGAGCAGGCCGUGGAGGAUUUUAUGAAGAGGAUCAAGUGCUAUGAGAACUCCUACGAACCCCUAGACGAGGUCCUGGACAGAGAGCUGUCGUUCAUAAAGAUCAUCGACGUGGGUCGGCGGUACCUGGUGAACCGGGUCCUGGACCACAUCCAGAGCCGGAUCGUGUACUACCUCAUGAACAUCCAUAUCACACCACGCUCCAUCUACCUGUGCCGGCACGGGGAGAGCGACCUCAACGUCAAAGGGCGCAUCGGAGGAGACUCCGGCCUGUCCUCUCGGGGCAAGGCGUUUGCCUGCUGUUUGGCAAAGUUCAUCCAUGCCCAAGACAUCCCUGACCUGAAGGUGUGGACGAGUCAGAUGAAGAGGACCAUCCAGACGGCAGAGGCCCUGGGCGUGCCGUACGAGCAGUGGAAAGCGCUCAAUGAGAUUGAUGCCGGUGUGUGUGAGGAGCUGAUGUAUGAGGAGAUCCAGCAGCGCCACCCUCUGGAAUUUGCCCUGCGUGAUCAGGACAAAUACCGCUACCGCUACCCUAAAGGAGAGUCAUAUGAGGACCUGGUCCAGCGCCUGGAGCCCGUCAUCAUGGAGCUGGAGAGACAGGAGAACAUCCUGGUCAUCUGCCACCAGGCUGUCAUGCGCUGCCUGUUGGCCUACUUCUUGGACAAGACUGCAGAGGAACUCCCUUACCUGAAGUGCCCUUUGCACACAGUACUGAAGCUGACGCCAGUGGCAUACGGCUGUAAAGUGGAGUCCAUAUUUUUGAAGGUAGAAGCAGUGAACACGCACAGAGAAAGACCGGAGAACGUUGAUGUGACACGGAUGACAGAGGAGGCCUUGCUAACAGUGCCAGCUCAUCAAAUGUCAACGUGCACCGGACUGCGGAGGCCGCCCUACAGACUGUACCUUCUCACCUCUGACCCCACAGUGGGACCGCCCACUCUUGCCGGUCUCACUCCUUGCUCCAGAGGUCCUGACCUCUGACCACUUCCAUCACUACAGCGUUUGGGGCAUCCUGCUUCAGAGCAAUCAUCUUCUAUCUAAUUUGCUGGUCUGGAAUCAAUCAGGUGCAUACCCUGAUGGGCUGGGGGGAAACCUGACCCUAGUUCAGCAUUACAUUCCAGAAAACAAGCCAACAUACACACAACAAUGUCAGCCACUACCCUCUCUAUAGGAGCCACUAUUGAAUCGUAUUGUUUAGGACAGUGGUUCUCAGUUCCAAGCCUGGAGACCAAAUACUCUUCAUGUGUUGCACUUGUUGCCUUGGUAAUAUUCUUGAGUCAUCUUGGUAGCUAUUCAUUCUUGAGUACUUUCUAAGAUAGUUCAAGUGCCUUUGGGUGAACACAAAAAGGUGUGCGGAGCACAGGGUCUGUAGGACUGCUACUGAGAGUCACUGUCUUGGGACAGGGAUCUAGCACGUUUUGCCAAUUUCACUACUCUAACGCAUCAAAACCGUUGUUUAACUUGUGAGUUGGAUGAGGUGUAUAUGUGUGCUAGCAAGGGUAUGACUAAUCUGUGCUCAGCUCCGCCCCUCUGGGAGGAGUGGCCUCACACAACUGCAGAGUGGGAAGACUGACAAAACACACAGGUCAUGUGCACCAAUCACCCUGUAGAUUACGGGCUCUCCGAGGCAUUAGUAAUCCAUCAAAAUUAGUAAUCCUUCAGAAUUAGUAAUCCCUCUAAUUAUCUUGAGCCUUGAUAUUUUUAAAAAAUAGGACCUGUUUUUACACCAGUGGGUUUUCGUUUGUGGAGCCUCUUCACAAUAAAUGGACAUAAGACAUUGUAUAUUGAAGAUGGACAGUGUAAGUGAAAUAUUUCUUGCGAUAUUUGGAUUGUAUACUAAUAAUUAUAUUGGGUCUGCAGGUUUUCUACUGUACUCAGCAACCCUUGCACCAUGUUUAUGUCAGUGUUGUGCUGUCAUAUCAUUUUAUUCUUAUCUCUGUUACUUUGAGGGAAAGAUGGCACAAGUGCAUUUUGUGUGUGUGAGAGAGAGAGAGAGAGAGAGAGAGAGAGAGCGCGUGCGUGCGUGCAAGUGUGAAUGUAAAAAUAAAGUUACGUCUACUAAUACUGUGCAUUUCUGGAAGGUAUAGAACCAGUAACCUUACAAAACUCAUUCAGUUUAUGUAUUUAUUUGUCUGAUACAUGGUUUAAAGGUGGGAGUAAAUAAAAUCAAUACUUUUUGCCAUUUUUGCUUUGCAUCUAAAUGAAACUAUUUUUUAACUAUUUUUGAUUGUUUUAUUGUAAUGAAUUAUGUUAAAUCAGGCUGGGUUUAUUUUCAGUUAAAUAAUUGUGAGUUAUAUGCUAAAACUGAAAAUUCCCUCAAAGUGAAUUAAGUGUGUGCUAAAGAUGUUUAAAGAACUUGCAUGUAAUCUUUCAUUGAUUCUUGGAGUAACCAAUUGGGGAACAAUAUAAUUGUCCGUAAUUGUCUUAUUGACAAUAAAUUGUGAUUUUAGAAAUUCCUUUUA